CAACCAUUUUGGUAUAUACAUUGCUUCAUUCCUUCCGUACUUACACCGGAUCGACCCUCAUUUCUUCUCUUGGUUUCUUAGCUCAUCCACAGAGAAGGAUUAAAUGGAGGAGAAUCUUCCUCCGGGGUUCAGGUUUCAUCCAACAGAUGAAGAACUGAUCACUUAUUAUCUAGGUCAGAAGGUGUCUGAUUUUGGUUUUACUUCGAGAGCAAUUACAGAUGUCGACCUCAAUAAAUCUGAACCAUGGGAUCUUCCAGACAAAGCUUCAAUGGGAGAGAAGGAAUGGUAUUUCUUCAGCUUGAGGGACAGAAAGUACCCGACAGGGCUGCGAACAAAUCGCGCUACAGAAGCUGGAUACUGGAAGACGACAGGGAAAGACAAGGAGAUAUAUCAUGGCAGUUCAUCGGUGUUGAUUGGGAUGAAGAAAACUCUGGUGUUUUACAUGGGAAGAGCUCCCAAGGGCGAGAAAACCAACUGGGUGAUGCAUGAAUAUCGACUUGAGAACAAGCAGGCUUUUAAACCCGCGAAGGAAGAAUGGGUGGUGUGUAGGAUCUUCCAAAAGACCUCAGCAAUGAAGAAACCACAGCAAACAGCAUCGUCACCACAAUCUUUGGAUUCACCAAACUGUGACACUAACGCCAUCAUAAACGAAUUCGGAGACUUUGAGCACUUACCUAACCUAAACAAUGUUGCGAAUUCGUCGACUCAACAUAUUAACACCGGCGCCAAUAACAACAACGUUCUCUACAACACUGACCUUAACAACAUGGCCACUAUCACCUCAUGGAAUGCCGCUUGUGAAGCAGCUAAUAGCUUGCUUCCAUCACUCUCCUGGCCUUCGAGCCUGUUAAACUCGAACCUAUCAGUGAACUCAUUGCUUCUCAAGGCAUUACAAUUGAGGAGUUACCAGCCAAGGGAAAUUAGUAGUACAAGUAAUAGCAUGGACUAUGCAGCACUGAUGCCACAAGGAUUGAUGCCUGCUUUCGGAAAUGAUCAUCUUUUCUCUUCCAACUUGGCAGCUUCUACUUCUACUAGUAGGGUAGAUAAUUCUGUGCAGCAGCAAGAGCCGAAUCAGCAGCAGGAGCAACCAUUUAAUUUGGACUCCAUUUGGUGAGCAAUUAAGUACUCAUGAUUAUUCGAAUUUAGGGUCCUGACUUAACUCUCCUUCCAUCCAUUGUAAUUUAAAUGUUGAGUGUAGGCUCAUACCACAAAAGUAAGUGUUUUUGUGGUAAAAUAACUGUUUGAGCUGCUCAGUUUCCAUGUUUAUAUUAACCAUCUAUAAAUCAAUAAUUGCUAUAUUAAUUAGUAGAGCUUUUGUUUAUUUCUUUCA